AUGGCAUUUGUACUAAGGUUCGCAAAAGCCGUGAGAAAUAACUGGAAGAAAUCGACAUUCUUCGCUAGUGCACUUGCAUACGGCGUGUCGUACUCAAAUGAAAAAUAUGAAAUCAAACAACUGAUGCGACAUUAUUGCACUGAGGCGUCACGGUAUGGAGAUGUAAAGAUCGGAUUAAACCAAAGACCUCCAAAAGUACUGGUGCUGCUUAACCCGGCAGCGAAUCGCAAAUCAUCGGAGGAAGAUUUCCAUGAGUAUUGUGAGCCUAUUCUGCACCUGGCCGGUUUUGAGGUGGAUGUUGUGAAAACCGAUUCCGAAGGACACGCGCGCCGGUACAUAGAAGAGCUGAGUGCUCUUCCAGACGCUCUCGUCGUUGCUGGAGGAGAUGGAACCCUAUCGGAAGCAGUAUCCGGUAUGAAACGCCGUGCCGAUGGUGCCCAAUGUCCGAUAGGAGUGCUACCACUCGGACGCACCAACACUCUGGCCACGAAAUUAUUCUCCACACAAGGUUCAAAAAAUUGCGAUCUUGAAAAUGUGCGCACCAUGGCUAACGCAGCGUAUGCCGUGAUUGCGGGAAAGAAGGAAAAGACAGAUAUCAUGCGCAUCGAGGUAAUGCCGAGUGCAGUCGACGAAAAGCCCCCGGAGAAACCGGUAUACGCCGUGGGUGCACUCCAGUGGGGUGCUUUCCGGGACAUUCUUGCGCUGCGGGAUAAAUACUGGUACACGGCCUCGUUGCGGGACUAUACCGCGUUCCUGUUCAAUGCAUUCGACAGUGCGCACACGUGGAACUGCAAGGCGAAGCUCUCCUACACAGAACCAUGCACCGGUUGCAGCAACUGCUACAAGGACUUUGACGAUCAAUGGGCGGCGGCUAAAAAGCAGGAACAACAGCCGCGGCGAUGGUGGUCUGUAUUUGUGCCUCGGUCAAAGACAGCCCCGAAGAUAGAUUACUCGAAAAUAGUCAACGAGAAAUGUGCCGUUCGUCAUGAGAUGGAAGUAGAUCCGUCGGAACUAGUGAUCAAAACCGCCAAUGUUCAGGUGGAGGAAAACGAGGGCGAGCAGAUCGAAACAUCAUCAGAAUCAGCAAAGUUGAGCGUACUCGUCGGUGAACAGGUUGACUCGAGCUUUGGUUUCAUCGGAGGCAGCUGGGGUCGAGUGAGGAAUCGCAAAUUUGUGGAAUGCCCCACGACGGACAGCAUCGAGGUGCGUACGGUUGAGCUUCUACCAGAGCGGUUAAAGGUUGAAGAUACGGACCCGGAAAUUUAUUACUCCAUCGACAAUGAAGCCUACGAAGUACGCCCCAUCCGGAUAACGCUCGUGCCGAAAGCGGUGGAAAUAUUUACCUUUUAGUUGCGCACGUGAAAAUAAAAGGACA